AUGGACGAAGUCAUGUCGUUUUUAGGUAUGAAUGUUGGUCAAGAACAAGAUGUCAGUGAUCUGAUGAAUGUCCGAGCGGAAUUAACACAAGAACGUGAUAAAUUGUUGGGUGAUAUCACACAAUUACGUCGUGAGCUCGACGAUGGUUCUUUGAAACAGACCGAUCUCGAAAAAAAAAUCCAUGAGUCCAAUGAGCAAAUCGUCACUUUGCAGGAAAAGAUCACUCAAGCGAAGAACGAAAACAUGAAAGAAACGAAGAAACGAGAACAAGUUGAAUUGGAAUUGAAAACAAGUAAACAAAAUUUGGAUCUCAAAAAUGCCGAAUUUAAAUCACAGGCGGCUCAAUUGGAAACUCAACAGCAAGAAUUGAAGAAAUCUCAACAACAUUUGCGACAACUAAAAGACGACAAUGUUCGUUUAACCAAAGAGAACCAAAUCCUUCAAGUUCGUUUAGACAAUUCUCGUACUCAAUUUACUGAACUUGUAACAACAAAUGAAAAACUUGCGAAUGACUGUGCACACCGUGUUACUGAGCUAAAGGAGAAAGAAGAUGAGUUAGUUCAAUUGCGCAAAGAACGGGACAGUGAGCAGAAGAAAAAAGAUCAUGUGGAAAAACGCCUUCGGACGGUGGAAGAUCAAAUUGGUGAAGCUGAACAAAAACGUGAAGCUCUACGUUCAGUAAUUGCAUCGUUGGAACACGAAAUCGAGCGCUUCAAAAAGAAUCAAGAAGAUAAUCGACGACAGAUCGAAAGUUUAACACGCGAACGGGAACAAUUGAAUAAAACAUGUCAGAAGUUAAUUGCUGAUAAUCAAAAGCAAACCGAUCAGGUGAAAACGUUCGAUCAAUCGAAGAAGACUUUGGAACAAGACAUCACGAAUUAUAAAGAUGAAGCGGGUAAACAACGAAAGAUUAUUCUUAAGAUGGAAAAAGAAAGAGAUCGUUAUAUCACUGAAGCUGGCCAGUUGACAAAUCAAGUUCUUGCUUUGAUGGAAGAAGUGAAAAAGAAAGAGUUGGAACUGUUUGAUCAAAAGAAGAAAAUUGCUGAACUGGAAACUCGACUCAAACAACAACAAAACUUAUACGAAGCGGUUCGAUCGGAUCGGAAUUUAUAUUCGAAGAACUUGAUCGAGACACAUGAUGAAAUUAGUGAGAUGAAACGCAAAUUGAAAAUCAUGAACCAUCAAAUCGAUCAGUUGAAAGAAGAAAUUCAAGGCAAAGAGCAGGAUCUCGUCCGUGCACAAGCUGAGCAUGAUAAAGUAAAGAAAGAAAAAGAACAACUGAUGGUCAAUGUAGAACAGCUGAAAAAAGAAGCAACGAAAAAAGAAGAAGCAUAUGCCAACCAAAAAUCGGAAUUCGAACGAUUAAAUAAACAACUAUCCGAAGCAACUGAUGAAAGAAAAAAACAACUCAAGCAACUGCAACAAGUAAUUGCCGAACGUGAUGUUCUUGGUACACAACUCGUCCGUCGAAAUGACGAACUUGCGCUUCUUUACGAAAAAUUGAAAAUCCAACAAUCGACUUUGAACAAAGGCGAAUUGCAAUACAAAGGUCGUUUAGAAGAUUUACGUUUGUUGAAACUGGAAUUGAAGAAAUUACGUCACGAGAAAGGCACUUUACAAGAUAAAGUCGCCAAUACCGAUGAUCUCAAACGCGAAGUGUUCCAAGUUCAACGAGAAUUACUACGAGAACGUACACGUUGCCGAGCAUUGGAAGAAGAACUGGAAAAUCCGAUGAAUGUUCAUCGAUGGAGAAAAUUAGAAGGUAGUGAUCCAUCAACCUACGAAUUAAUACAAAAAAUUCAAUUGUUACAAAAACGACUAAUACAAAAAACAGAGGAAGUCGUACAAAAAGAAUUAUUAAUUCAAGAAAAAGAAAAAUUGUAUGCAGAAUUGAAGCGUAUCUUAGCUCGUCAACCGGGUCCUGAAGUAGCUGAACAGUUAUCGAUUUACCAGGAAACGCUGAAAGCUAAAACCAAGCAAUUGAAAUCGUUGGCUAGUGAAGUAAACAUGUACGAGAAUCAAAUUGAUGAUUACAAAUACGAAACUGACAAGUUAAAUCGGCAAUUGGCCGAAGUUCGACAGAAAUAUUUCUUACAGAAGAAACGAGAAGCUAUGGCACGUGAACGUGAUCGUCUUUCUCAAACGCAACAACAACUCACCACAACAGUUAAUGGAAUUACUUUACAACAACCAGCACCUGAUCUCAUUCAACCAAAUCGAUCGAGUGAUCAACCUCGUUUCACCGGCGGUGGUUUCAAUCUUCGAGCAACAUCCCGAACUCCUGUUGUCAAUGCCUAA